AUGGCAUUGAAUGCACUCACUGUGAGAGUCGAGGCAUGUGAGCAGGGAGGUCAACAGUCUGCGAAUGUGACCACAUUGAGGGCCGAUGUUACUGGGUUAAGGUGUAAGAUAGCUGAGCUUAAGUCCAUUGACAUUUCGAUGCUCUUUGGCACUGUGGAUGUCCCUGAGGGUCCUAGUUCAGAGGUUCCAGCUAUUUUUGAGGUCCCUUCGGCCACUGCGACCGGAGAUGUUGUUUUAGCUGAUAAAGGUGAUGAGUUAGAUACUUCUGAGACAGAUGAGGAGGAUCUGGGUAUCUGUGAGGUUGUUGUAUAUGAUUAUCUUGAGGACUUGGAGGGUGCGAAGGUGCAGACGACGAUGGAGGCUUCACUUCAGGACAUAUCGAUGAUAGGUCCCAGUGGAGUGCAGCCUGCUAGUGGAGAUGAGUCGGGCACUGAUGCCCAGAUUGAGAAAGUCUGA